AUGGUGCAUGCUGAAUUUCAACGCAUAACCAACCUGAAUCUUCAGAAUUCCUUCUAUGCUGGACUAGAUGUGUACACCAACCGUCUGAUGACACUGUUCAGACAAAAGGCAUCUAAAAACGGCAAGACUGCUGAUGCUUUGGCGUCCAUUUUAAAAGUUCAUGAUGAGCAGAUCCAACAUGAUGUCCACACUCGACGCACAACCGUGCUCCAUUGUCUACCUGCUUUCCUGCGUGAAGAAAUAUCAGGGGUUUUCAUCACUUCAGAAGAGGAUGCAGAGGUGCCGGAUCUAUCCACUUCACCUGUAGCCAUUCUAUCCAAAGUCCAUUUUGGCGACCGCCCAGUGAACUAUGGAAACCAGGUCUCCGUAGUGUUGGAGGCCGUGGAGUCGCGCGUGUCUCGCCUGGGCGCCCUCCUGCAGGGUCUGGGGGGGUCAGCUCCAGGCAGCUUCUUGCCCGGAUUCGUGACCACCACAGCGGAGAACCAUGGCUCGGAGCGUGGCCGGGAGCGCAGAGGGUCCACCCGCUCUCGGAUGCCUGUCAUGCGGGGUCUCAUCGCGCCUCAGAACACCUUCCUGGACACGAUCGCCACACGUUUCGACGGCACGCACAGUAACUUUGUGCUGGGGAACGCGCAGGUCCAGAGCCUGCACCCCAUCGUCUACUGCUCGGACGGCUUCUGCGAGCUGACGGGGUUCGCUCGAGGAGAACUGAUGCAGAAGAGUUGCAUGUGCCACUUCCUGUACGGCAGCGAGACCAGCGACAGUCUGACGGCGCAGAUGCAGACCGCGCUGGACGAACGCAAGGAGUUCAAGACGGAGAUUAUACUGUACAAGAAGAGCGGCUGCAAGUUCUGGUGUCUGCUGGACAUCGUUCCCAUCAAGAACGAGAAAAGCGAAGUCGUCCUGUUUCUGGUUUCACACAAAGACAUCACCGAAAAUAUAAACCACGGCAACGAAUCCGAGACCGAUGAGGAGACGGGCCUCCAGAUCCACCGUGUAGAUCAACCUUCGGGCUUCAGCGCAGAGCGACGCCGCAGUCGAGCCGUUCUGUACCAGCUCUCCGGACACUUGCAAAAACAAGACAAGACCAAGAGCAAACUCAAGAUCAACAACAGCGUCCUCACCGCCAACGCCAACCCCAUCCCUGAGUACAAAGUGGCGGACGUCCAGAAGUCCCGCUUCAUCCUUUUACAUUACGGCGCGUUCAAAGCCGGCUGGGACUGGCUCAUUCUCCUCGCCACUUUCUACGUGGCCAUAACCGUCCCCUACAACGUCUGCUUCAUCGCUGACGAGAUCCGGGAAGGCCGAGUGGUGUCUGCGCGAAACCCACCCACCGUCAGCGACAUCCUGGUGGAGAUCCUCUUCAUCAUUGAUAUCGUGUUGAAUUUCCGCACCACAUUCGUGAGCACGUCGGGUCAGGUGGUGUACGACCCGCGCUCCAUCUGCAUCCACUACGUCACGUCCUGGCUGUUCGUGGACCUCAUCGCCGCGCUGCCCUUUGACCUGCUCUACGCCUUCAACAUCAGUGUGAACUUCGGGGUUCACCUGCUGAAAACGGUGCGUCUGCUGCGGCUGCUGCGGCUGCUGCAGAAGCUGGACCGUUACUCCCAGUACAGUGCGGUGGUGUUGACCCUCCUGAUGUCCACCUUCGCUCUCCUCGCUCACUGGAUGGCCUGCGUCUGGUACUUCAUCGGCCGCAGCGAGAUCGAGACCAACAGCGCCUCCUCCUGGGACAUAGGAUGGCUGCAUGAGCUGGCCAAGCGACUCGGGACACCGUACUUCUCCCUGCUGGGCAUGGCGGACCCAGAGCCCACCUUGUCUGCAGCCGUGUCCAACAGCAGUCAGUGGAACUCCUCAGGGCUGCCUCCUCCGGUGCGGCCCCGGGUCCGGCCCCUGGGCUCUGGGGUGACUCUGAGCGGAGGGCCCUCGGUGCGGAGCUCGUACGUCACGUCCCUGUACUUCGCUCUGAGCAGUCUGACCAGUGUGGGCUUCGGGAACGUCUCGGCGAAUACGGACUCAGAGAAGAUUUUCUCUAUUUGCACCAUGCUGAUCGGAGCGCUGAUGCAUGCGGUGGUGUUUGGGAACGUGACGGCCAUCAUUCAGAGGAUGUACUCUCGGCGCUCGCUGUACCAAACCAGGACCAAGGACCUGAAAGACUUCAUCAGGGUCCACCGCCUGCCCAAAGCUCUAGAGCAGCGUGUCAUGGAGUGCUUCCAGACCACGUGGUCGGUCAACAACGGCAUCGACGUCAGCGAGCUGCUGAAGGACUUCCCGGACGAGCUGAGGGCCGAUAUCGCCAUGCACCUGAACAAAGAGCUCCUACAGCUGUCGUUGUUCGAGUCGGCCAGCAGGGGGUGUCUGCGCUCACUCUCGCUCAUCAUCAAGACGUCCUUCUGCGCUCCCGGAGAGUUUCUGAUUCGACAAGGAGACGCACUGCAGGCCAUUUACUUUGUCUGCUCCGGAUCCAUGGAGGUGCUCAAGGACAACACCGUGCUGGCCAUUCUGGGCCGUGGGGACCUGAUCGGCUCGGACUGUCUCACUCAGGAGGAGGUGAUAAAGACAAAUGCGUGUGUGAAGGCGCUGACCUACUGUGACCUGCAGUACAUCAGUCUGAAGGGGCUGAAGGAGGUGCUCAGCCUGUACCCCGACUACGCCCAGCGCUUCCUGAGCGAGAUCCAGCACGACCUCACAUACAACCUCCGAGAGGGACGCAGCAGCCAGGAGGAUUCUGAAAGUAACGGUGGCAUCGCUAAGAAGCUGGCCUCCAUCACCGAGGACGAGGAGGGCUCCAGCUCAGAAGGAUCUCCCAGGAAGCCUUUGGGCGGCAGCAGGAUGGGUCCCUGCCCUCUCCGCUCCCCCAUGCGCUCCCCCCUCCUCACCCCCAGAGUCCUCAGACCCGGAGAGUGCAGUCCGAGACCAUCCACCCUCCAGAUCCCAGCGGUCAGCUUCACCUGCCCACCGCCACAGCUCAGCCCCAGGUUUGUUGACGGCGGCGAAAACUUUAAUUCGACUCCGAAGUUCGACUUUUCUCCAAGUACGAGCUACAGUUUCCCUCCAAGCCCUGAUACGUCACCAGCAGAUCCUCAAGCCGCAGACACAAUGCGCACUAUAUCCAAGCUCAAGAAUGAGAUGAGCGCCUUGUCACGGCAGGUGACCAGCGUGAGGCAGGAGCUGCAGGAAGUGACCAGCCUCCUCAGGCCCCUCCUCCUCAACCCAUCGAUGGUGUUAGCCCCACCCAUCGCCAACAUAACUCCGCCCCCAAGCCACCAGUCUUCACACAGCGUCUCCCCAGCUCCGCUCUACCUCUCCACUUCGAUCCCGCACUCGAGGGAAGAACAAAACUCCACGUAUUUAACCCGAAAGUCCAACCACAGCUCCACACAAGACUUGACGCAAAGUUUCCUGGUUUCUCCGGUCAGGAAGUCAAGCCGUUCGUCCGCGCCGAGCUCCCUGACGAGCUCGCCGAACGAACGCAACGUGCAUAAGGCAAAUUCUUCUUCAAAUCCAACGUUAUCGCUGCUUAUCGAUCUGGACGCGGCCGACACACCUGCCAUCUCCUGGUCCGGUCACCCAGACCCCUUUUCAAACAGCCACGAGACGCAGUUUCGCUUGAUAGAUGAAGAAAGACCUACAAUUUGA